UCUCUAUUACCUAAAUGUAUUGGACUGUAGGGAGAGGCAAUAGAUUUAUCUGAGAGUAGCACUCUCUCUGAGGGGCUGUGUUUUCUCCCCCCUACUGAUAUCUCCUGAGUAAAUGUAUGCCGUAAAUCUGCUCUUAGUCCUGCUCUUGAACCCUCUGGGUCUCCAGAAGCUUAGCAAGCCAGAAGGCAAUGGGGAGUAUGGUGUGCUGUUCUGUUUCAUGAGUAAAACUGUGUGAAUUGUGACGUGAGUGAAACUGUGUAAAUUGUGAAUUGUGAGUAAAACUUGGGCUACAUUUGAUUUGACCUAAAUAGGCCCAACAACUAUCUGCAGUAGUUGUAGGGCCUACAGAUGUUGUCUACAGUUUGAUUCAGUUUGACACUAUGAUCGACAGUAUCAUUGCAUUACAAAUCUAUUACUGAACGUUAAUAACUCCACCUACAUGUACAUAGUACCUCAAUUACCUUGACACUGGUGCCCUCGCACAUUGACUCUGUACCGAUACCCCCUGUAUAUUGCCCCGGCAUUGUCUUUUACUGCUGCUCUUGAAUUGUUUUUCUUAUCUUUUUUUUUUGUUGUUGGUAUUUUCUUAAAACUGCUUUGUUGGUUAAGUGCCUGUAAGUAAGCAUUUCGCUGUAAGGUCUACUACACCUGUAGUAUUCGGAACAUUUGAUUUAAUUUCAUUUACUGGACUUUAUAAGCUGGGUGGUUCGAACCCUGAAUGCUGAUUGGCUGAAAGCCAUGGUAUAUCAGACCGUAUAUCAAGGGUAUGACAUAACAUGUAUUUUUACUGCUCUAAUUACGUUGGUAACUAGUUUAUAACAGCAAUAAGGCACCUCGGGGGUUUGUGGUAUAUGACCAAUAUACCACAGCUUAACGCUGUAUCCAGGCACAUAACAGCCCUUAGCCGUGUUAUAUUGGCCAUAUUCCACACCCCCUCGGGCAUUAUUGCUUAAGUGUACUGUGAGAGAUGUUUUUCAUGCACGCACAGUAUUAGGCAAGCUUUUUUUCAACAUACAUACCACACUGACUGAGAUGGACAACUUCAUAUUACUCACCCAAAAGUUUCUCAAUCCUAAUGGUGGAAGGUAGGUAACCUAGCGGUUAAGAAUGUCGAGCCAGUGACUGAAAGGUUGCUGGUUCAAAUCCUUGGCCGAAUAGGUGAAUAAUCUGCCAAUGUGCCCUUGAGGCAAGGCACUUAGCCAUAUUUUCUCCUGUAAGUCGCUCUAGAUAAGAGUAUCUGUUAAGUCACGUAAAUGUAAAAUGUACCAAACACAACUCAAUCACUGCCUAAACUGCUCAAGCAAAAGGUUUACUUGUAUACUUUUGGUCAUCUCUUUGUCAAUAUGCUCCACAGAAUUCUUAAAAAAAAAACUUUAAUCACUUAACCGUUUCACUUAUUUUGAAAGUGUCUGAAUUAUUCAUUAUUUUUUUUCUCAUUCUGCUCCUUUUUAUCUAAUAGUAAAAAAGGAGCAUGCCCUAAAUGCUUGAAGACAACACUCAGUCUUCGCUUUUGAUCGACUACUACACUGUACUAUACUAUAUUAUAUUGUACUAUGCUAUACUAUGUUAUACAGUACUAUGCAAUACAAUACUGUACUAUAUUAUACUGUACUAUGCUUUACUAUAUUAUACAGUACUAUGCAAAACAAUACUGUACUAUAUUAUACUAUACUAUAGUAUACAGUACUAUAUUAUUCUGCUAUACCAUAUUAUACAAUACUAUGGUAUUCUAUAUUAUACUGUGCUAUGAAAUACAAUACUGUAUUAUACUAUAUUAUACUGUACUAUGCUAUACUAUAUUAUACAGUACUAUGCAAUGCAAUACUGUACUAUAUUAUACUAUACUAAACCCAAAGGAGCAGUAGGCUACUGCAAUGUCUGAAUAAGCCUCAUUCACUCAUAAGCCCAUGGUUAAGUCCAUGCCUGUCUGCCUCUUUCUUUACUAUCUAAGACACAGCUAACCGACAUAGAGCUGUGUAAACAGAAAAGCUUUUAGAAGUCCUGCAGACUGUGACACUCACCUCUCAACACAUUGACAGGGCCCAGACAGCCAGUGCAACAGAAGUGAUAUCACGCCCCUGUCAUUGCUUAGAGACCGCAUGUUUGAGCCUAUGGUUGCCACUGUGAGGGAGACAUGUUUAUUACCUUGGCAACCACUUGUACAACAAUACAGUCCCAUCCCCUCUGUAUACCUGACAAUGUUAUUGUUGAAUCCCAAAAGUUAAUGCAAUCUGUUCUCUAAACUAUGAAGAAUAUGAAUUAAAUUUGAAAACAAUUUGAAGUGUCUGUUUAGGGUUGUGUGGCUAUAGAAGUUUCCUAGGAGAGAAUGGUUAAACUUUUCAAGAAGUCUGUCUUUUUCUAGUGACAUCUCGGAUCUCAGGACAAUUCUUCUGGAAUGCAGCACUCUGGGAAUGUUCCCGAGAUGGAUUGAAGAAUGACAAGAGGCCUGGAUUGCACAUCACAAGUGUCAGAAGGAUCUGACCAGCAUCCAGCCCUACCACGGUGCUGCUCGGUGGAAAAGCACGAGCCAUGGAUAACCUGUACACGUGCCUCAAGAGAGAGAUAGCCUCCUUCCAGGACCAUGUCCAGCAAUGUAAACACUCCUUCAACAUGGACACUCUUCACCCAGUCUUGAGUGCCCUAACCACAAAGCAGCAGGAUGAAAUCCACACCUUGAAGCAGCUGCGGGUCCUCCUCUCCAAGAUUCAAGAGGAGCCUGCGGUGGCAGUCAGUGGCUACAGCGACUCGGAAAUAAAGCGUUGCAUCACCUGGCUUCUCUCUUUCGUAGAAUAUCUCAGCGCCAUGAAAGAGACCUUUGACGAGAAAGUGGUAGUCCCUCUCUGCGAGAACCUGUACGUAACUGAGGAAGACGAGAGCACUGUCGCUUCUUCUGAUCAGACUGUCCCUUUCACCUCUGACCCUCAAAGCCCGCCCCAUACAUCUGUGACUAAGGUGGCCAAUGAGCUCCUUGUUCUCCGACGCAGAUGGGCUUUGAUGCUCGCCCCUGGUCCAAUCAAGGCAGAGAACUUCAGUCUACUGACCAAUACUGAUGGGGCUGAGCGGUUCACUGAGCGGUUCGCCAACGUCCAAUCGCUUGUACCAGAUAUCCUCUAUAAGAGCUCUAGGGCUGCUCAACUUGCCUAUCAGUGGGUGAACCUGCACCAGUGUGGGCACAGGGGUAGAAGAGUAGGGGCCAGUGGGUUGGAGGUUACCAAGACAGCCCCAAUGAGGUCUACUGGCCAGGAAGCGAGUGAUGAAUAUAUCCUGGUGGAGGUAGAAAGGAGAGGGGAGGGAAUGGCCGGAGAGGCCCAAGCCAGACUGAUGGAGUCUAGGAUGGAGCUCAUGGCUUUGGCCGGGAAAGAGCAUAGGGUGCUAUCUCUGGAGGUGAGGUUAGAGAAGGCCACCUACAGGAUCCAGGACCUCCAGGCCAAGCUCCGACAGGAGAGGUUGAUGGUAGAAAGUGGGGCCCAGCAGGAGGCCAGCGAUGUGGGGGAAAGGAAGACAGAGGAGCUGGUCCUCAACCCAGGGCUAGAGCUGGAGAGGAGACUGAGGAUGGAAAGGUACCAUCAGAAGAUACUUCUGGGAGACCUGCUGAUGGAGCUUAAGAUUCGCCCAGUUCUCAUACGCUACACUGAUAUGGUGAGGGAUCGAUGCAAACAGCAGGAGGAGACACUACAGGCCAUAGAUGGCAAAGUCGCUCUGGAUAAGAGCGUCUGCUAAAUGACUUAAAUGUAAAUGUAAUGGGUACCAGGUUCCCUUCAAAGCCUGAGAGCCUCAACCUCUCCAAACAGUGAAUCCAUCUUCUCUAGCCUGUUGUCCCUCACAUAGACACCCCGCAAGAGACACUCAUCCUGGUGUACAAGUCUAGGCUGCCUCCUGCUCAUACUCCCAGGGUUGAAGGAGUCCUUCAUCCCUGGGCCUCCAGAUGGACAUUCAACCCAACAAAUGGAUUGUUGCCUGGGGGAUGCAUCCUAAUGAAUCCUGGACAAUGCUCCAGCCUCACAUCAGGCCCCUCAGAAGUGAUACCACCCAUAUUUGAUUUAGUUUCUUAGUUUAAGUCUUUCUUUUCAUUCCACCUAAUUUAGUCAACGAUACGCACGCACGCACACACACACACACACACACACACACACAGUCAUGUAUGACUGCAAAUUGUGUUUAUUAGUGACUGUCCUUAAUGUAACUACAGUAGUGACUGUCCUUAACCCAGUCUGUAACUACAGUGGUGACUGUCCUUAACCCAGUCUAUAACUACAGUGGUGACUGUCCUUAACACAGUCUGUAACUAUAGUGGUGACUGUCCUUAACCCAGUCUGUAACUACAGAGGUGACUGUCCUAAACGCAGUCUAUAACUACAGUAGUGAAUGUGUUUAACCCAGUCUGUAACUACAGUAGUGACUGUCCUUAACCCAGUCUGUAACUACAGUGGUGACUGUCCUUAACUCUCUGUACACAAGCCAAUACAAGAAAAUAAUGAAUGUCCCAAGAGAGCACAACCCACUUUUUUGUCCUCAUCAUUAAGAAAAAGAACUAUAUAAUUCAUCACCAUGACACAGCUUGCUACGUGUUGCUUGAUGACACAUAGUACAGUACACUUUUACAUAGCACUGAUGAUGAUUCAUCCACACAGAUGGCAUUUGGGUGACCAGAGAGACUGCUAGUUCCAUUCUCCUUACUCAGCAACAUUAUUUAUAUCCCUGCACAAUAAGCUGCCUGUGUAUUUUGGCAUCAGACGCAGGGUCGCCAUGGGUCAGCUCGUAGUUCAAAGGCCUCGUAAAGGCCACAUCAAGCAAAUUGGCUGUGUUGUUUGGGUAAAAGUUAAUUAUAGGGCUGAGAAAUGUGUACACUGUGAGAAGGUUCACACACUCCACAUAUUAUCAUUCAUCUGACCUCAUGGGUCAGGGGACUGACAUUCCAUACAGCAUGUGAAUCAGCAACAAAUGAAUACUUGGUAAACUGUCUGGACUGGUGAGCUAAUUGAGGGGUGGAAACAGUGCUGUAUCUUCAGCUCACCACUGUACUCAAACUUCAGGGAGAAAGACAUUGGUUGGUUAUUGGCAGUCGUUUAUUACAUAAAAAGCUAAAUCUCCACCCAUCUGUCAUUGAACUUGCCUGUGCACAUUGGGGCUUGUCAUGCUUAGUUUUUAUUUUAUUCUAUUUAACCUUUAUUUAACUAGGCAAGUCAGUUAAGAACACAUUCUUAUUUACAAUGACCUGGGCCAAUUGUCCGCCGCCCUAUGGGACUCUCAAUCAUGGUCAGAGACCUGGCCGUGUGGUGCCAGGACAACAACCUCUCCUUCAAUGUGAUCAAGACUAAGGAGAUGAUUGUGGACUACUGGAAAAAGAGGACCGAGCACGCCCCCAUUCUCAUCGACAGGGCUGCAGUGGAGCAGAUUGAGAGUUUCAAAUUCCUUGGUGUCCACAUCACCAACAAACUAACAUGGUCCAAUCACACCAAGACAGCCGUGAAGAGGGCACGAUAAAACCUAUUCCCCCUCAGGAGACUGAAAAGAUUUGUCAUGAAGUCAGAGGUCAGCUUUACAACAGGUAAUAUUACUGCACAUUUCCAACCAGAAGGUAUAACCCCCUCACUCCUAAUCAUAUGAAAUAAUCCCAGGAGAACAUGUAUGACCUCAUCCGGCUGAUGCUUAUACAUUCCACAACUGAUCAUGACCUGUGGCUGUAUAUUCAUAAACUAUUAAGACUGUUCUCAUGUAUGGUAAAAACACCAUACAAAGAAGAGUCCAUAGUAUCCCUUUUCUUAUACACAUUAAGAUGAUAAUUUAAAAUCUCACACUUGCAUAUGCACGUUAUUAUUUUUAUAUAUAUUUGUAACCUUUUACUUAAGUAGGCAAGUCGGUUAAGAACACAUUCGUAUUUACAAUGAAAGCCUAGGAACAGCAGGUUAACUACCUUGUUCAGGGUUAGAACAACAGAUUUUUAUCUCAUCAGCUCAGGGAUUCGAUCUGGCCCAACACUCUAACCACUAGGCUACCUGCCUCCCCAACACUCUAACCACUAGGCUACCUGCCUCCCCAACACUCUAACCACUAGGCUACCUGCCUCCCCAACACUCUAACCACUAGGCUACCUGCCUCCCUAACACUCUAACCACUAGGCUACCUGCCUCCCCAACACUCUAACCACUAGGCUACCUGCCUCCCCAACACUCUAACCACUAGGCUACCUGCCUCCCCAACACUCUAACCACUAGGCUACCUGCCUCCCUAACACUCUAACCACUAGGCUACCUGCCUCCCCAACACUCUAACCACUAGGCUACCUACCUCCCCUACACUCUAACCACUAGGCUACCUGCCUCCCCAACACUCUAACCACUAGGCUACCUGCCUCCCCAACACUCUAACCACUAGGCUACCUGCCUCCCCAACACUCUAACCACUAGGCUACCUGCCUCCCCAACACUCUAACCACUAGGCUACCUGCCUCUCCAACACUCUAACCACUAGGCUACCUGCCUCUCCAACACUCUAACCACUAGGCUACCUGCCACCCCAACACUUUGAGGAUAGGAAGUUACCCCUAGUUUUGUGUUUCCCUUUCUAGUGGUUAGGGUAAGAUAUUGGGGAAGGUAUAAGCUCAUUAUAUACAUGUGCCUAAGGAUCAUUUCAGCACUGAGGAUAUUACUGUAGAACAGUGGCAGUUGGUGCCAUUUAAGAUGUGGGAGGACAGACAUUUGUUUUUUAUGAGCAUAGCCUUAUUUCUAUAAGAGCAUUCUGGAUGACUGCCAUUCAUAUUCCAUUCACCCAGUUCAAUGUAACAUCGGUAGGUUUAGACUACUACGUGAUGCUAGAAUGUUCCCUGUACCCAUCAUGAAGUUGCUACAACCUAGCCUAUGAAUGAAAGUUUACAACGUAGGUGCACAUAGUUUGAGAGAAAAUGUUGAGGUGACAGUUGGUGAUGCAUUCAAUACCACCUUGCACACUCUUGCGUGCAUCUAGGUGAUCUAGGGUGUAAUCAUUAGUCGUUGCAAACUAGAAUUUCUAUUGGGCAAAUGUAUGUUUCUGUCACGCCCUGAUUCUGUUUCACCUGUUCCUGUGAUUCUCUCCACCCCCUCCAGGUGUCGCUUGUUUUCCACAGUGUAUUUAUCCCUGUGUUUCCUGUCUCUCUGUGCCAGUUCGUCUUGUAUGUUAGUCAAGUCAACCAGCGCUCCUUUUCUAUUCUCUUUUUAUAGUCUUCCCGGUUCUGACCCCUGCCUGACUCUGGACUACUUUUCCGCCUGCCUGAUCAUCCUGCCUGCCCUGACCUUGAUUCUGCCUGCCCUUCAGUACCUAUUGGACUCUGAUCUGGUUUUGACCUUUAGCCUGUCCGUGACCAUUCUCUUGCCUUACCCUAUU